GUUUAUCCUUCCCUCUUCAUUUACUCCCUCUCUAUUCUUCUCCCAGCAAGAGGAUUGAUUCUUCUUGUCUGUUAACUCUUGUGUUGUGUGCCUUGCAAUCUAUCCUAUCAUCUACCUACAAUCUUCUUUAUUCUUCUUCCUUCACAUUUACACACACAUUCAAGAUGGUUCAGUCUUCCGUCUUGGGUUUCCCCCGUAUGGGAAAGCUCCGUGACCUCAAGAAGGCCACUGAGGCUUACUGGGGUGGAAAGAUCUCCCGUGAUGAGCUCUUGAGCGAGGGAAAGAGACUCCGUGCUGAGCACUGGAAGCUUCAGAAGGAUGCUGGGGUCGAUAUCAUCCCCAGCAACGACUUUGCUUUCUACGAUCAGGUCCUCGACCACAUCCAGCUCUUCGGUGUCAUUCCCGAGCGUUACAGCAAGUACGGUCUUGACCCCCUCGAUGAAUACUUCGCCAUGGGCCGUGGUCUCCAGAGACCCGCCAAGGAUGGCCAGCCCGCCGUCGAUGUUCCCGCCUUGGAGAUGGUCAAGUGGUUUGACUCCAACUACCACUACGUCAAGCCCACCCUCCAGGACAACCAGACUUUUAAGCUCGCUGCCGAGCCCAAGCCCGUUGUUCAGUUCCUCGAGGCCAAGGAGGCUGGUGUUGUCACUCGCCCCGUUAUCCUGGGUCCCGUCUCUUUCUUGACCCUCGCCAAGGCCGACCGUGGCCAGUCCAUCGAUCCCAUCUCCAAGCUCGAGGAGCUCCUCCCUCUCUACGUCGAGCUCCUUGCUAAGCUCAAGGAGGCCGGCGCUGAGGAUGUUCAGAUUGACGAGCCCGUCCUUGUCUUCGAUCUCCCUGCCAAGUCCAAGGCUGCUUUCAAGCCCGCCUAUGAGAAGCUCGGUGCCCUUGGUGACAAGGCUCCCCGCCUCGUCCUCGCCACCUACUUCGGUGACAUCGUUCACAACAAGGAUGUUCUUCCUGCUCUCCAGAGCCUCCACGGUAUCCACAUUGACCUUGUCCGCAACCCCGAGCAGCUCGAGACUGUCGCUGGUGCUCUCGGCCCCAAGCAGGUUCUCUCUGCUGGUGUUGUUGACGGUCGCAACAUCUGGAAGACCAACCUCAAGGCUGCUAUCGAGAAGGUUGAGCUCGCCAUCCAGAAGCUUGGCAAGGAGCGUGUCAUCGUUGCCACUUCCAGCUCUCUUCUCCACGUUCCCCACACUCUUGAGAGCGAGAAGAACUUGGAUGAUGAGGUCCGCGAUUGGUUCAGCUUUGCUGUUGAGAAGCUUUCCGAGGUUGUUGUGAUCGCCAAGGCUGUCACCGAGGGUCCUGCUGCUGUCCGUGAGCAGCUCGAGGCCAAUGCCAAGUCUGUCCAGGCCCGUGCCUCCUCCAAGCGCACCAACGACCCUGAGGUCAAGGCCCGCCAGGCUGCUGUUACCGAGGAGAUGCACAACCGCAAGUCUCCCUUCACUACUCGUAUUGCCGAGCAGACCAAGUCCAUCAAGCUUCCUCUUUUCCCUACCACCACCAUCGGAUCUUUCCCACAGACUAAGGAGAUCCGGGUCCAGCGCAACAAGUUCACCAAGGGUGAGAUCACCGCUGCUGAGUACGAGAAGUUCAUUGAGCAGGAGAUCGAGGAGGUCGUCAAGAUCCAGGAGGAGCUUGACCUGGACGUUCUCGUCCACGGUGAGCCCGAACGUAACGACAUGGUUCAGUACUUCGGUGAGCGCCUUACUGGUUACGUCUUCACCACCCACGCCUGGGUUCAGAGUUACGGAUCCCGCUGCGUGCGUCCUCCCAUUAUUGUCGGUGACAUCUCUCGUCCCGCUCCCAUGACCGUCAAGGAGUCCAAGUACGCCGUCUCGAUCUCCAAGAAGCCCAUGAAGGGUAUGCUCACUGGUCCCAUCACCUGUCUCCGGUGGUCUUUCCCCCGUGACGAUGUCCACCAGUCCGUUCAGGCUCAGCAGCUGGCUCUCGCCCUCCGUGACGAGGUUGUUGACCUCGAGGCUGCCGGUGUCAAGGUCAUCCAGGUCGAUGAGCCUGCCCUCCGUGAGGGUCUCCCUCUCCGUGCUGGCACGGAGCGUGAGAAGUAUCUCGAGUGGGCUGUCAAGGCUUUCCGCCUGUCCACUGCUGGUGUGACCGACGGUACCCAGAUUCACUCUCACUUCUGUUACUCUGAAUUCCAGGAUUUCUUCCACGCCAUCGCUGCGCUGGAUGCCGAUGUUCUGAGCAUUGAGAACAGCAAGUCUGAUGCCAAGCUGCUCAAGGUCUUCAUCGAUGAGGCUUACCCCCGUCACAUCGGUCCUGGUGUCUACGACAUCCACUCUCCUCGUGUUCCCAGCGAGCAGGAGAUCAAGGACCGUGUCGAGGAGAUGCUCCAGUACCUCCGCCCUGAGCAGCUCUGGAUCAACCCUGACUGUGGUCUGAAGACCCGUCAGUGGCCCGAGACCAAGGCUGCCCUGACCAACAUGGUCCAGGCUGCCAAGUUCUUCCGCCAGAAGCACAGCAACUAAAUUUCUUCUACAUUACUUUAAUCAACCCAAGAUUGGGGCGACAACUUUCAACCUGUCGUCUCGGAGACGCAAUCUGUCGAUUGUGGUCCAAGCA